UUAGUUUGUCGGUAAUAUCUCUCUGAUAUAUAUAUAUUUUAAACACAUAAGUAGACUAGACAACACAGCAAUAAUUAUUGUGAUUGUCAUUAUCUUUCAAAAUAGAACAAAAUGAUAUUUACGUAUCUGUUUUAAAUAUUUAUUACGCUAUCACUGAUAAUGGCUCAGAAAUUCGUCAUACGUUUUUAUUCUAAUUAUUAAAAUGGAAGAUGCUGUUAAUAUACAGGAUAGUAAAUUAGUAAAAAUGGGCGCUAGUAGUAAUGUUAAUGUAGCUAGAAUAGCAGCUCUUCAAGAAAGAAAAAAGCAAAUUGAAGAUUCACUUGCUAAACGUAAUCAAGAAUUGAGGCAGCUAUGUAUCCAGGAAGCCGAGUUAACAGGUAUAACACCACCAGAAAUGCCACUAGAACCAGGAGAGACUCUCCCGUUGAUAAGGAGACGCAUGAAAACAGCUUUUGAAUUACCUGAAAAUUUGGUAGUAAAUGCUAAUAAAGAUACAUUAAUUACCAAUUUAGAACUGCAAAUCCAACUACAUGCAAAUUUGGCAGAAGCUGCCUUAGGGCUGGCUAAUGAACAAAGUAUUAGUAAGACUGUAAAACGUCAGCACAGAGCUGAGUAUCAAAAACAUAAAAGCCAAUGCAUUGCCUUACAAGAAAAAUUGGCUUUAUUAAAGGAACGAUCAACAGCUGAGCAAUAUAAACAAAAGAAGAAACCACGUGCCUCUGAACAAAAAGAGGAUACUGUAUCCAUAAACACUAACUUUAAUGAUCCUUUUCUUAAAUCAGAUGUUCGUCACAGUGUACGUUCUGUAAAACAGAAUUUACCCAGUCCAAGUGAGAGUUGUGUUGACCAAAGGUAUGCUCAUGUAAUGCCAAGACAUACGUACAGAAAUACUGAAAUACAUUUUACUGACAACCAGCCUUUAAGGCAAGAGGAGAGUUUAAAUUCAGGAUUUUAUAGACUGAGCUUAAAUGGAUAUAAUAAAUAUAUGGAAAGACGUGAGAAAGUAAAUAACAUGCAUUCAGUUCCAAAUUAUAAUACGUACUCAAACUCUAUUCCCUAUAACUUGUCACACAAUUCCUUGCAGCCACACAGUCAGCAGCAUAGUCCGCAUUUUCAACAAAGUAGUCCACAUGCAUCCCAGCAUAGUCCUCUUAUGUCUCAGCAUAGCCCACAUUCUUCCCAGCAUAGUCCUCUUGCAUCUCAUCACACUCCUCACAUGGCACAACAAAGCCCUCGUUUUUCCCAACAUAAUCCACAACAGCACAGCCCACAGUUAUUACAGUACAGCCCUCAACUUGCUCAUCAACGCCCUGCUGUGUAUAACCAUUCUAAUUAUGCCACAGAUAUCAAUAAAUUUGCUAUGGGGAGCAACCAUUUUUCAAAUACCCAUCUGCAUAGACAAUCUAGCCCUCCUAUUCCUCAAAAGUCACAAUAUUUUACUUCCCAUACUAUCCAUGGUCAACCAACCUAUAGACAUUAUCAGAGUGAAAGUACUUACAGAAAUUCCCAUCAAAUACAACCUCAUCAGCAGUAUGAACAUAUGGGGAUUAUGACUAUGGGAUUGGGCGGUUGCUGGAAAAAAUCUGAAAAUGGAGAAUUAGUCUGGUAUAAUUCAAACACUAUUGAUGUCAACUGGCAAAAAGAUAAGAGAUUUGGCAGUUUAGACAGAAGAAAAAAUAAGAGGAUUCAUAAAAGAAUAUCUCCGUCUAUAGAUAACAAUUCCAGUGUUUCUAACUAUCCAGAUCAAGUUAGAAACGCUUCAGUGAAAUCACAGAUUGCAAACCGACGAACACAGGACAACGGACAAUUAGUUCGUACUCAAUCGUUAGGUAGUGUAGGUAUUCAAACAAUAGACAGUGUUUAUCCAAGUGAUGAUAAUUCUUCCUGUGAAAGUGACAAUCGAAGCAUUAAUGAUGUUAAUCAAAUACUUCGUAAACAUAAGGAGAAGGAAUGGUUAGAAACAUCUUUAGAUGGACCAGUUUCUUCGACACAAACGUCAACUAGUUCUUUGCAGCCAGUAAAUCUCUCAGUAUUGUCUCCUGAAGAGAAAUACGUUGUGCAUUCACCACCUCAACCGGCGCCUCCCUUAUCAAUAUCUAAACCUCCAUUGGAAAUACCUGCAGAGUCAAAUCCCUCUCCUCGAUUGUCAGAAACCAAUUUAGAGUUAUUCAAUAACAACAUACCAAAAAAUUGCACCAUCGUACAAGCAGGACAUUGUAAGCCUUAUCACGAAGAAACAAAACCUUUUGAAAUGUCAGAUUUUUAUAAAUACUCGACGAAAUUUAAAAAAUCCCCUAUUAAAGGAGAAAAUGAAAACUCAGUCAACACUGUCCAUAAUAGUGGAAAUAUUGCUAAAAACUUGAAUGAAACGUUUGAGGAAUUAUCCCAGAGUACUUAUCCUGCUCCUGCUAAAUGUCAACCGUACGCUAGCAGCAGUGUUGGAAAUUUGGAUAAUAGUGCCAACUUAAAUACAAGUAUUGAUCUGGGCCAUAUAACUGUUUCUGACCAUUUUUCUGCAGAAAUGAAUGCUUGGUACAAAGAUCAGCAAAAAAAUAAUAACAAUACAGGAAAUGUUUCGAAAAGUAGAUCUACUGCUACUUUAGUAUGACUUUAGUUAGUAGGAAAGUGGAAAGUACAAUGCAAUAAAACUAUGUUUACAUGUUUGUACAAUAAAUUAUAUAUAUAUUUUAGGUAUAUUAUAUAUUUUUUAUAUUUGAUAUGGAUGGCUAAUGUUUAUAGUAUUAAAAUUUUUAAGAUGUGUAUAGUAUAUUUGAAUGUUGUAAAUGGAUAUUUUAAGAUAUAUAAAUUAAUUCAUUUGUGAUGCCAUUUUAAUAUUAUGAAGGAUCAAAUGUAAAAUUUAUAGGCUCAAAUUUGAUAUUUUAUAUAGCAAAAAAAUAUUUCCUAAGAAUAUUUUGCCAUUAAGAAAGGAACUGGAAAAAUAUUGAGAUAAGAAAUUUUGGCCUCUUAGCAGUGAUACUUGCGUUAAAGUUCUGAUGUUUUUAUUGAUGUUACAAAUCAAUUUUAUCUUAUGUUAAUUUAAUAUAUAAGACUUUGAUCUCACAUUUUAUAAACAGUGUAAAUGUUACAUUGCAUAAAAAAUUGCAUUUCCGGUUCUGUUUUAAAUAUGUCUUAAAAUGUUUUAAUGAUUUUGCUGUUUUGUUUAAAUUUUUUAGCUCAUAAAUUUAAGUAUUUAAGUAUAUAUUCAAUAUAUUUUAAAUGAUUGUAUAUUGGUUGUGAAUCAAAGCAAUAUUUUAGGUUUCUUUAUCUGAAGCUGAGCAUUGGGCCUUUUUAAAAUAAGGGUCUGUAUAGUAACGGUUUUUAUACUUAAUAGAGUUU